AUGGUGUUGUGAAGAAAAUUUGAAGCUAGAUAACCAGGAACCAAGAAAUCUGACAGGCCGGCGAUGACGCCGACUGCUGCAAGCCUACUGUCAACAACGGCAGCCCAUUCUGCGAGUAGAAGCGCUUCAGAGUAUCUGGCGAACAUUUCCGCUAUGCCUACGCCAGACCCCAGCAUCGCCUUCACAACCACAGUCGCUGUACUAAUGCAAAAGACUUUAACUGCCUUUCGCUCCGGUCCAGCCUGUAACGGCAGCGAGCUCUGCGUAGAGCAAGAAGCUGCCAACAUUUCCAGAUCGUCGUCCCUGGAACAAGAUCGCAACGAGUACGACGACUACGGCGAGAUCAAGGUAGUGGAAGAAGUGUUGGCCAUUGCCGUGCCCAUCCUCUUCGGAGUGAUCGCAGUCAUAGGAUUUUUCGGCAACGCCCUGGUGGUCCUUGUGGUGCUGUGUAACCCCCAGAUGAGAUCGACCACUAACAUUCUCAUCAUCAACCUCGCCAUGGCCGACCUUCUCUUCAUCGUCUUCUGCGUGCCGUUCACUGGCUGGGACUAUACGCUCAACUACUGGCCGUUCGGAGACACCUGGUGCAGGAUCGUGCAGUACCUCGUGAUCGUCUGCGCCUACGCGAGCAUCUACACACUCGUCCUAAUGUCCCUGGACAGGUUCCUGGCCGUCGUUCAUCCCAUAACGUCCAUGACGAUAAGGACGGAAAGGAACGCGUACUUAGCCAUUAUGCUCACUUGGGUAUUGAUCCUCCUAGCGUGCAUACCGGCGCUGUACUCGCACGGCAUGAUCAUCGAGGAGGCCUACUCCUCCUGCACCUUCCGCGUCGACAAGGGGUACAACAUAGCCGCCUUCCAGAUAUCCUUCUUCAUGUCUUCCUUCGUCGUUCCGCUGGCGCUCAUCUUCGUCCUCUACGUCCUCAUGUUGAAGCGUCUCUGGCUGGGAGUCACUUCCGGCGGACGAGUGAGCGCCGAAAGCGUUCGCUCCAAGAAGCGCGUCACCCGACUGGUCGUGGUGGUGGUGCUCGUGUUCGCCGUGUGCUGGUGCCCCGUUCACGUUGUGCUCGUGCUUAAGAGUUUAGACCUCUACGGCAGGCCCAUGAACCCGCCCCGCAUUGUCGUGCAGAUCGCGUCGCAGGUGCUCGCCUACACGAACUCGUGCGUGAACCCGUUCCUGUACGCCUUCCUGUCGGACAACUUCCGCCGCAGCUUCCGCAAGGCCAUCUUCUGCUACAGGAAGGCUUCCGGCAGAAGCGUCGGCGGCACCGGAUCAUGUAUGGCGCGUACUCGGACGCCCGACGACACCGAACGGACGGAGCGGGAAACGACGGCCACGUGCAUCACGAAGGCGUCCAACAUAUCGAACGACAUUUUGUAGUGGUUCGACAUCAUCGCAUUUGCCGGCGAAAGCCAGGCACAUGUCAGCCAUCUGAAAUCGACGCUGUAACUUAAUACUGUACCUCUCUGAGAUGCGAGACAAAUAGUUAGAACGUAUUGCUAGAGCCUGGCACAAAUACCCUAUAUUAGCGCAUGCGCAUAAACUCAAUGGUCGCUAUCCGAUUCUCUAAAGCGUUGUGAGGAAUUCCUGAAGGCGAGUCGCAUUAAUGGGUUUGCCUGUGAAAUGCACCACAUAGCCUGGUUGAUUCUAGACUGCCAUGCGGUGAACUUUGUCGGUGGGACCAUCAUCUAGACAUAGUCCUAAAUUCACGGCGGAAACACAGGCUAUAGCGUGCGAGACAUUGUAAGACACGUUGUCGUAAGUGAUAUAGGUCCCAGGUAACGCUACUAAGUUAUGGUCUUAAUAGAAAAAUGACGUAAGAACAUAAAAAUACUUCGGUGAAAGUCACGUCGAUGGGCAGGAGACGCAAUCGCCCGGCGAAGCGGGUGAGUGGGUCGCCCGCUUCCCUACAAUUCGUCGUCGCCUGUGAUGGGCUUGCGCGUAAAUGCUUAGGACAUCCAGGCAUAUAUGUACACCUCCGCUACAAACACUACACUAUGCCAAGCCUUUGUUAUUGUGGGGUGCGCUUCAGCCAAAAUACAAAAAUAAGGGUGCCGGCUCGCGGUAAGAAAUGUAUGGUUUGUUAGAGCGAGCUGUGAUUACAAUUCGCGUUAUUUGACAAAGUGGAGCGUUGUGUGGAAGCGCCGAUUGUACGUUUAUAUACAUAUAGGCACACUAGACAGAAUAAUACGGCUCCGUGCCGUGCUGGAAACAGGGUCCGGAAUAGAGAGUCUAUAUCGUGUGUGUAAUACUGAAAGUUGCGUGUUUUCUUUGUACAUAAAUUGUGGACAACAUAAGUACUCGACUUUCCAUUCGUUUGCCAUUUUCUUAGCGUUGCGUUAUAGCUGCAUAACAUGACCGGUAUUGUUGUAUGACCAUCACGCCUUUGCUGCAUUAUAAACUUCUCACGUAGUGACAUUAAAAUACUCCUUCGUCUUUAGAUUUCUGAAGUGGAAACAGCGGUAACUCGCUUUACUUCCUCGUUGAAAGUGUACUAUCAAUGAAGUUCUUAUUAGUUAAGCGUCAGCAUCUGCCGUGGUCCUUUGACCUGUGGUUUAUGGAUACGUUGACCCUGGGAGAGAGAUAGAGUCCCCACUUAGCCGCGAAGGCACAUCACUUUGCUUCCAGAAGCGAUGUGUUGCAGCGAGGAGUUUGUAAGUCGAACCCUCCACAAGCAUUCAUGUCGGCAGAUGUUCACGAGGAGCCACUGCGAAUAAUACUGCUUCCGUCUCGAAUUUACAAUCACUAUAUUUAACGUGUGUCUUCGUCUAUCUCACACACACACAUGCUGUUGCACUGUGACCCGCGUGGUACCUGACUAUAUAUGACUCACCAUAUAGCGCGUUUGCGCAUGCGUGUGACUUCGCGACGUUCCCCUCGGUUCAUGUAAGUGUCUUCAGUAACGCAAAGGCUUUGGAAACAGCGACGAAGAGACGGUCUAAAAUCCUGCGUACUGAGGAGAUCAACUGAAAAACGACCACGCCAACCCCUUACUGUUUUUCGCGCACAACGGUACCUGCACAUCUAUGUAUUAUAGAUCCUGCUUUUUCUUCACCGUUCUGGGAUUGACGGGAGUCUCUGGACGCAGCUAUGUUCACAUUGUUGCGUCACAUAACUCAUUCCCUGCUUCCAAGGCGAUUGCGCGGUGCUUUGUGGUAGAGAGAGUAAUCAAGAGCGCCGCAUAACGCUAUUCUGCUAUUGGUUUUUCAUUCAUGUAUGCUGUGCUGUUUCUGUAUUGUGUAUAGUGCUAUUCAUGCGUAGCGCAAGAAUUAUCUUUGGUAUAAUUGCGCUGAUAUUAGUUUAAGACAUUGCGUACCGGAGAAAAGAAGAAUGAAUUUGAGCAAGGCAUUGCAGUAUGUUACCGACCAGUGGUGUAGCUUAUAUAUUUUUUGUUUUGUUUAUUGCGCACUGUCUUCAGUUCUUGUAUCCGAUGUCUUUGUUCCUUACUGUUGAGUUGCUGCAAAUGCGGGGACAAGGACCUCUGUUAGGCAAUUGCCCUUACUCACAGUCUAUUCUGGAUUUGUCCAAAAAUAUAUUUCAAUGUAACUUGGACUAAAUAUUUUGAUUUCCGCGACUUAGCUAUCCCAGCGUACGUUUCACUUCGUUUCUUCGUGUGACUGGGAAGCAAAUUUAUGUGCGCGAAAGUAAAAAACUUGUGCAUGUGUAAUGACGUGGUGAAAGCAGCUCUUGGACAGUAACGAAAUGUUGAUUUCAUGUAUCAAAUAAUUUAAGGGCAUACGCGAAUUAAAUGUACAUAAAACAAAAUGUGCUAAUUUGUGCUCGGACAUCGUUUUCCUAUCAUCUCAAACUGUUACUAUCGCCGCAAAUGAGCAGCUGCCAUGCGCACUGUUUUUCACGUUGCCUGUCCCGCGCGUGCCAUCAUGUCUGUUCAUAACAGUGCUCGGCGGGUCAAACGUGGUCUGGAUCCUGGCUCCUUCAUAAAAUGAAGCUCUUCUAUACUGUUCAGUGUUAUGUACAUGAUGUUAUGCUUUCAAAUCGGUAUAUUACUGACGCUGUAAAUAGAACAUGUUGAUGUUACACGUUGAAAUGGAAUAAGUCAAAUCAAUAACAACACGCCUUGAAUCGUGGGCCCACUGAUCUCAAGUUGCACAUGCUGCGCUACAGCGCGCAUUGAUAUCCUUGCAAUCGCAACAGAGUUUAAUGUCCUUGCACUGUUUUCUAUUUCAAACGCUCGGCACAGAAGUAGAGAACUAUAGUCGGAUAGAAUAGUAGAAGUCCGCGGCAUUUCCUCCUCAAAGGCGGAUGCACAAAAACCUUCACGACUGGGCCCGCACUCCACAGUGGCGUCAUGAGCCGGACGGCCGGUAACCACGCCAUCGAUGAACAUUGCCGAGUGCAUGAGCGGGACUAUUUCUUUAGUCGCGGAAGCGCUCGGCCGCCGCGCUUCGGUCGCCUGGGCGGGGCUUCUCCGGACUUCUUAAGUUGUAUCCGACUGUAGAAUGUUUAUUAACCGCAGUUAUCUAUACCGAAACAUGUUUGUUAUUUUCCCAUUAUCGAAUGAUUGAACGCUUUACCCGAUUCAGUCUCUGUUGAAAACUGCGAAUAAAGUCGCCUUCU